UAGCGCUCAGCUCUUCUAUUUCCCCAAUUACUGCUCCCUCUCUAAAUUCCUGCUGCUCAUCUCCUCUCCUCAAUUCCUCCACAAUCUGGAAGCAGCCAUAGCACUUCUACCUGGCGCACGUUGGUGACAUAACGCGAAAAAACCACACGUGACUCUCAAGACCGAUUCGAACUUCGUUGCCAUGGUUGCACCAAGGCAGCGUCAGAACGUGUGACGUCAUUCGAACAGGAGUAUAAAUAUGAUCACAACUCACUACAACAUUUCAGAGGCUUCAGAACACUGAAGAGAGCAGAGCUGAGCGUAAUGAAUAUUAGUAAAACGAUAAUGUCUACAGACAGCCAAGACCUUGACAACAAAGUCACGGUGUCUAAAGAAGUCGGGCUCUCCAUCGAGGACCCCUGUGCCGACUCUUUAAAUGAGAGCUCCCUGGCCCUGAGUGCACCUGCAGAGGAUGCGGCGCACCAGGCCGAGGAGGGCACAGUUACUGAUGAGGACGAGAGACCCGCGUGGAGCAGCAAGUUUCUCUACAUCCUCGCUCAGGUGGGCUUCUCCGUGGGACUCGGCAACGUAUGGAGGUUCCCCUACCUGUGUCAGAAGAACGGUGGAGGAGCAUUCCUGGUGCCCUACGUCAUCCUACUACUUUUGAUUGGCAUCCCACUGUUCUUUCUGGAGCUUGCCGUGGGGCAGCUGAUCCGUCGGGGCUGCAUCGGGGUCUGGAACCACAUCAGCCCUCGCCUGGGAGGCAUUGGCUUUGCCAGCUUUGUGGCUGGCUUCUUUGCAGCCCUCUACUACAACGUGAUCGUCGGCUGGAGUAUCUUCUAUUUCACCCAGUCUUUUCAGGAGCCCCUGCCUUGGAAAGACUGCCCUCUUAUCACGAAUGCAACCGGCUCAUACAUCGUGCCGGAAUGUGAAAAGAGCUCCGCUACCACCUACUACUGGUAUCGUGAAGCUCUGGACAUCUCCGAUUCCAUCUCGGAGAGUGGAGGACUGAACUGGAAGAUGACCCUCUGUCUGCUGGGCGCAUGGAUAAUAGUGUGUCUGUCAAUGAUGAAGGGCAUUCAGACUUCAGGGAAGGUGGUUUACUUCAGCUCCCUGUUUCCGUAUUUGGUGCUGUUCUGUUUCUUGGUGAGAGCCAUGCUCCUGGAAGGCUCUGUGGAUGGAAUUGUCCACAUGUUCACCCCAAAGAUUGAGAUCAUGCUGGAUCCUACAGUGUGGAGAGAUGCUGCUAUUCAGAUCUUCUUCGCUCUGGGCCUGGGCUGUGGUGGAGUCAUCGCCUUCUCCAGUUACAACAAGAAGGAUAACAACUGCCACUCCGACGCUGUGCUCGUCUCGUUCAUCAACUUCUUCACGUCUAUAUUAGCUACGCUGGUGGUGUUUGCAGUGCUGGGCUUUAAAGCCAACAUUGUGACCACCAAAUGCGUUGAGCUGAACACACAGAAGAUAGUUGGUUAUCUGGGUACCGAGAUAAGUUACGAUGUGAUCCCGCCUCACAUCGACUUCAGUAAAGUGAGCAGGGAAGAUUACCAGCAGAUGAUUGGAGUAAUUCGUAGCGUGAAGGAGAACGAUUUCUCUCAGCUGGGACUAGACAGCUGUGAUAUUACAGAGGAGCUGAACCAGGGUGUUCAGGGUACAGGGCUGGCCUUCAUUGCUUUCACCGAGGCCAUGACCCACUUCCCCGGCUCACCCUUCUGGUCAGUAAUGUUCUUCCUCAUGCUGAUGAGUCUGGGCCUGGGCAGCAUGUUCGGCAACAUGGAGGGUAUCAUCACGCCCAUUGUGGACACUUUUAAAAUCCGCAAGGAGUAUAUCACAGUGGGCUGCUGUAUCCUGUCGUUCUUCGUUGGCUUGAUGUUCGUUCAGCGAUCAGGAAACUACUUUGUCUCCAUGAUGGAUGAAUACUCUGCCUCACUGCCGCUCCUUCCCAUCGUAUUUCUGGAAAACGUGGCUGUGGCCUGGAUCUACGGAACUGACAGAUUUUACGAGGAUUUAAAGGAGAUGCUGGGCUUUAGACCGUUCCGUGUUUAUUAUUACAUGUGGAAGUACAUCACUCCUCUUCUGCUCCUGGCUAUGCUGGUUGCCAGCCUUGUUCAGAUGGGUCUGGCCCCUCCCACUUACACUGCCUGGAUCCAAGAGCUGGCUCAGGAGCAAUCCCUCAGCUUCCCACCGUGGGGUCUGGCAGUCUGCAUCACGCUGAUGGUAAUCGCCAUCCUGCCUUUGCCUGUGGUCUUCUGUCUGCGCUACUGCAACAUCAAAAACAAGAACGCCAUCAUGAAAGAGAGCGCGAGACACACCAGGGAGGAGGAAGAAGAGGGUAAAGCAUCAUCAUCCAUGACUUCCAGCAGCAGCAGCAGCUCCCGCAAGGAGAGCAGCUCUAAGCACACUGACCCUGAGACCAACAGCCACGACAGCGCCAAUUACGUGGUGGUCGAUAUAACUGAAAUGACCGAGUCAGUGGUGUGAGGAGUGAAAAUAUCACUCAGCAAUUAACAUAAAUCAUAGUUUAUAUAUGGACCACAGUCUGCAAAAAUAUUUUAAAAAUAUGUUUUAGUUUAGCUUUGAACUGUAUAUAGUUUUAGGGGUGCUUCUUCAAUUGGAGGAACUUUUUUUUGGGCAUAGUAGCAUUUGAUUUCUGUAAGGAUUUUUUUAAAGAUAACAAUAUGAGCUCUUGCAACAAAUAACUAUAGAUCAUUGCUCCCUUCUGGGAGAAACCAAUUAUUAUGUGCUUUAUUCAUAAUAAAAAAAUUACUUAAAACAAUAAAGCAUUAUGAAAGAGUGUGCGACGAACCAGGGAGGAGGAUGAAGAGGAUGACGUCAGUCUGCUCCAGGUAAAGACUCCCAGUGAAGCUCUGUCACCCAUGACUUCAAUCAGCAGCUCCCGCAAGGAGAGCAGCUCUACACAAGACGACCCUGAGACCAAUUACAGCCAGUGUGGGACUGUGUUGUGGUGUGGGGUGUGUGUAGUAUGGGGAGUGGAGCGUGGUGUGGUGUGGGGUGUGUGUAGUAUGGGGAGUGGAGCGUGGUGUGGUUUGGGGUGUGUGUAUGUGGAGUGUGGUGUGGGUUCUAUCAGGGGUUUGGUGUGUGCAUGCAGGGCCAAAUGGUUAAUAUAUAAUUAUUAGUUGCAAGAGCUCAUUUGUUAUAUUUUAAGAAAGGAAAUACGUUUAGAUUAUAGUUUUUGUUCUGUUAUUUGUUUGUAAUGUCCGGGUCGACCCGAGGGGGAUGGGUUCCUCUUACUGAGUCUUGGUUCCUCCCAAGGUUUCUUCCUCUUAGUAUGAGGGAGUUUUUCCUUGCCACUGUUGUCGCCACAUUCUUGCCCCUGUUGGCAUCACUGUGGUGCUGCUCGUAAGAGGCUUGGACCCGUUUCUCCAGUUGAAGAAUCCACCCAUACACAGCCUUAGACUUCAAUAAUCUUUAAAACAGUUAAUUCAUGUAAUCUGAUUGAAGCUAAUAAAAACUCUUAUUGCAGACA